ACCCUCCAUAUCUCACUCAUUCACACCCAAAAACAUCAAAUAUUUCUCCUCCACUACCCUCAACAUGGCCUCUAUUUACACUUUUGCCAUCCUCCUCAUUUUCCUCGUCGCCACUGCUAAACCCACCUCAGCUUCUUCUCGAAAACUCACAGCUCUAGUCCAAGAACAACCACUCACUCUCAAAUACCAUAACGGCGCACUUCUCAAAGGAAAAAUAGCAAUUAAUCUCGUGUGGUACGGCACCUUCACUCCUACUCAACGCUCCAUCAUCGUCGACUAUCUCACCUCUCUCAGCUCCGUCCACCGUUCUCCUCCACCCUCCGCCGCCUCAUGGUGGAGAACCACCGAGAAUUACCACGGCGGCGCCUCCACCGUCGUUGUCGGAACGCAAACUCUCGACGAGAAAUACUCUCUCGGGAAGUCCUUGAAAACGCAACAUCUCAUACUAUUAGCUUCUAAAGCCAAUACGUUACGCUCUGUCAACGUGGUCUUGACGGCGAAAGACGUGGCCGUUGAGGGGUUCUGCAUGAGCCGGUGCGGUACCCACGGUUCGACCCGAAUGAAAACCGGGUCGACCCGACUUGCUUACGCUUGGGUGGGUAACUCGGAGACCCAGUGCCCGGGUCAGUGUGCAUGGCCGUUUCACCAACCGAUAUAUGGGCCUCAAACUCCGCCGUUAGUUGCACCAAACGGCGACGUCGGAGUUGACGGAAUGAUUAUUAAUUUGGCGACGGUUUUGGCGGGAACCGUGACGAACCCGUAUAAUAACGGGUAUUUUCAGGGUCCGGCCACGGCUCCGUUGGAAGCGGUGUCUGCGUGUACGGGGGUGUUCGGGUCGGGUGCGUACCCGGGUUACCCGGGAAAAGUGCUGGUGGAUAAGAGUAGCGGGGCGAGCUAUAAUGUGCAUGGGGUGAACGGGAGGAGAUUUUUGGUUCCGGCAAUGUGGGACCCAAAAACAUCUACCUGUAGAACUAUGGUUUGAUUUUGGUCAGAUGUGGACAUCAUCCGUACGUAUAUGCUGUAAUAGUAGAUUCUUAUACAGUGUGUGGAUAAGUAAGCAUGUUUCCCUUGGGGAAAUAACUAGUGUUGCGGGUUUUUUAAGUAUUGUCUUUUAGUGUGAUUUGCAAAUUUCGCUCCUUUGAAAAUAGUAGAAAUUGUAAAGCUACUCUUUGCUAAUUAUAGAUUAUAAAUUAUAUUC